AUGAAGGAAAACGUAUACUGCCGAGGUUCCUUGUUGGACGCAGUUCAGAUGGCAAAACUAUUUCCUGAUUCCAAACACUUUGUUGAUAUGUCAAUGCGACAUGAUGCAGAAACAAUCAUGAAGUCGUGGGAAGAUUUGAAAGAGGCUAACAGUACUGGGAUUCCUGUGGAUAUCUUACGAACUUUCAUUUUUGACAAUUUCGAUGAACCAGAAGGAGAGCUGGUUGAAGAGAACCCCUUAGAUUGGGAUCCUAAGGUCGAUAGCUUUCAAUACAUCCUGGAUGAAAGCUACAGAGUUUUUGCUUAUGCAUUACAUCGCAAGUGGCCCUCACUCUAUAGAAGAAUUUCCGACAAAGUCAGAAUUUCACCCGAACGUUAUUCUAUUAUAAAUGUUCCAAAUGCUUUCAUAGUUCCUGGUGGACGUUUUAGGGAAAUGUAUUAUUGGGAUAGCUUCUUCACUAUCAAAGGCUUAUUAGCCUCUAACAUGUUUCAAACAGUAAAGGGAAUGAUAGAAAACUUGCAAUAUUUGAUUGACCAAUUCGGAUUUAUUCCUAAUGGAAACAGAGUUUACUACCUGAAUAGAAGCCAGCCUCCGUUAUUAACUUGGUGUGUGCAUGCUUACUUCGAAGCAACUAAUGACCUAGACCUGGUUCAAAGUAUUUUACCAACUUUAAGAAAAGAGAUCGAAUUUUUCCAAGCGAACCGUACUAUACAGCUAGAUGACUGGAUAGGUCCACUUUUCCGUUAUCAUCUCAAUGUCAAUCAUCCGAGACCAGAGAGCUAUAGGGAAGAUGUUGAAACUGCUCAAGAUUUUGAUAAUUUUGCUGAUAAGUGUCGCGUUUGGGGAGAAAUAGCAGCGGCUGCUGAAAGUGGACGAGAUUUUUCGAGCAGGUGGUUUGAUCACACAGGAGUGCAUGCUUUGUGUAUGAACACGAUACGCACAAGCCAAGUCAUCCCUGUUGAUUUGAACGCAAUAAUAUGCGGAAAUGCAUCGAUGCUUGUUGAUCUACAUGACGCUGUUGGUGACAUAGAAUCAUCGAAAUAUUUUGCUCAUUUAUGUGAUAAAUUGAGACGUACGAUACAUCAGGUUUUCUGGAAUGAGGAAAAGGGCUGUUGGUUUGAUUACGAUUUAGCUACAAGUUCACAUAUGGAAAUAUUUUCUGACUGUAAUCUAUUUCCAAUGGCCGCCAAAGCUACUCACGAAGGCUUCGAUAGCACAGCAGUUGUAAACUAUCUUAGAAAAUCAGGUCUCUUUGACUUCUCUGGUGGAAUACCUUGUUCGCUUGUUGCUUCAGGUCAGCAGUGGGAUUUUCCUAAUGCCUGGGCACCGAUGAUGUGGAUGAUUGUGGAAGGUUUCCGGAACAAUGGAGAACAAAAUGUAGCUUUGGAAAUUGCUGACAAAUGGAUAAGAAAAAAUUACAAUAUGUGGAAAUCAUCGGGAGGAAGAAUGUUUGAAAAGUAUAAUGUCGUAUCGCCUUGCUUACAAGCAGCCGGUGGUGGUGGCGAAUAUGAAGUACAAGAGGGCUUUGGAUGGACCAACGGAGUAGUUUUGGACUUCCUUAAGAAUUUUUCGGAUCAACUUGCCUACGAACAAGAAAUAUCCACUAACUAG